AUGCACACACACGCGCACGCGCUGCCGUCUGCGCGGCCUCCAACGGUGGCCAAUCGAUUACGGGGCCCCACUCUGCCUUCCACCACGCCGUACGACAUGUACACGCAGGCAGCCAUUAAUGCACGUUUCCUUCCCUGUUUCUCUCGCCGCGGGCCCAGAGAUGGAUAUUCCUCCAAGAUUGAACCGAACGCCAGCCCAAGCAAUCGGCGUCAACUCGAACCGUUCGAGUGUCGCGCGGUGGAUGGCUGUUGGCGCGUGAUCGCGGCCGUGUGCGUGUGCGUGUGCGUGCCUCCGGCCGCGGACGCGCGCGCCUGUGUGCGUGCGAGUGACGCAACGGCCAACGCGCGC